GCCGACGGCGCGGACCGCGACGCGCUCGCGCUCGCGCACGAUUGCGCCGUGCCGCUGCUCGCCGCGUUCGCGCUCGACGACGCGACCGCGCGGCCCUCGCGGCCGCUCGAGGCCCUCGUCCGCGACCUCGGCUUCGGCGCGCUCCGAGGCGCGCUCGCGCCGCCGCGGCUCGAGCUCGUGCGCGACUACGCGCUCGCGCGCGUCGCGGACGUCCGGAGGCGCCUCGCGGCCCUCCCGCCGGGCACGCCGGCGCGGUUCUCGACGGUGAUGCGGCGCGCGGCGGGCCGCUACGACGUCGCGCUGCCCCACGACGACGACGAAGUCCUGGCCCGCCUGCUGCCCGACUCCGCGGCGCCCUGGCUCGGCGCGGUCCGGGCGCUCCUCGGCGAUCGAGCGCGGCGGGUCAAGGCGGGCGUCGUCUUCUCGCUCCCCGGCGCCCCCGCGCAGCCGUGGCACGCGGACGGCCAACAUCCGCUCGCGGCCGACGGGACGUCGACGAGCUCGCCCAUCCCCCAGCACCGCGCGGCGGCGUAA